GCGUACAUACAGUACAUACAACGUUGUUGUUGUGAAACUAGUUUUUUCACUGUUGCACCUCAACGCAUCACGACGCAUGACGUCGCACAAGGAAGUCGAACAUGGCGUCGGGACAGCAGUGGGUGUUGGUGGAGAUGGUGCAGGCAUUUUACGAGGCUCCUGCCUACCACCUGAUCCUGGAGGGGAUCCUCAUCCUGUGGAUCAUCAGACUUCUGUUCUCCAAGACUUACAAACUUCAUGAAACUUAUAGACUGACUGAAAAGGAAAAGGAAGACCUUAUUGAGGAGUGGAUGCCAGAACCUCUUGUACCAACCGCGAGCAAAGACCAGCCAUCUUUCAGCUACGAUGUAGUCACUGGACCUCCCAGCCACCAAAUCAUAAUCAAUGGAAAAAAGUGCAUCAAUUUUGCGUCUUUUAACUUCCUGGGUCUCCUUGAUAAUGAACAAGUUAAGCAAAAGGCCUUGUCAUCGUUAAAGAAGUACGGUGUAGGCACAUGUGGUCCAAGAGCCUUUUAUGGAACAUUUGACGUUCACCUGGAGUUGGAAAGCCGUCUGGCCAGAUUCAUGAGGACAGAGGAGGCCAUCCUCUAUUCAUAUGGCUUUGCAACUAUUGCUAGUGCAAUCCCUGCCUACUCCAAGAGGGGAGACAUCAUCUUUGUGGAUGAAGCUGCCUGCUUCUCCAUCCAGAAGGGUCUGCAGGCAUCUCGCAGUCUAAUCAAAUACUUCAAACACAAUGACAUGGAGGAUCUGGAGAGGCUGCUAAAGGAGCAGGAGCUGGAAGACCACAAGAAUCCUAGGAAAGCUCGCGUGACCAGGAAGUUCAUAGUAGUAGAGGGGCUGUACAUCAACACAGCAGAUGUCUGUCCUCUCCCUGAUCUGGUGAAGCUGAAGUACAAGUACAAAGUACGGAUCUUCCUGGAGGAGAGCCUGUCUUUUGGUGUGCUGGGAGAACACGGCCGUGGAGUCACAGAACAUUUUGGUGUUAAUAUCGACGACAUCGACCUGAUCAGUGCUAAUAUGGAGAACGCCAUGUCUUCGAUUGGAGGGUUUUGCUGCGGACGCUCUUUUCUCAUUGAUCACCAGCGUCUGUCUGGUCAGGGAUAUUGUUUCUCUGCAUCCCUUCCUCCCAUGUUGGCGUCUGCUGCCAUUGAGGCUCUUAACAUCAUGGAGGAGGAUCCAGGGAUCUUUACCGUCCUGAAGGAAAAGUGCAAUCUGGUGUACAGGUCUUUGCAGGGAGUUCCAGGGAUAAAGUUGGUUGGAGAACCAUUUGUCCCGGCUCUUCACCUACAGCUGCAGAAAAGUUCAGGCUCUAGAGAUGCAGACAUGCUGCUGCUGCGUGCCAUAGUAGAACAUUGUAUGGAACGAGGUGUGGCUGUGACCCUCGCACGCUACCUGGAAAAAGAGGAGCGAUUCCUGCCACCUCCCAGUAUCAGAGUGGUGGUCACCGUCCAACAGUCGGAGGAGGACAUCUCCACGGCUGUUUCCUGUAUCCGUGAAGCAGCGUCAAGUGUCCUGAAAUGACAGUGAGGUGAAGGUCACUGCUGAGUGAGGCCCCGUUUACAUGUGCCCUGACAAACUUCAUCACAAAAGACGUCUUUUCUACUGCACAUGGACAGGAACUGUGAGUACUAGAAGACAUUUUAAGGAUCUAAGCAGUGACUCGUACAAUGAGUGCCUGCCGUUGAGCUGCAUUGAAGAAUUCUCUGUUUUCUUUUUUUUUUUGUCAUUCGAUUGGUUUGAAAUCCUCUCUAAUGCAGAUUAAUUUUUUCGUCCUUUUUAAUUUUACUCUGAUAAAUAAUAAUAAACUAUUCCAAGGCUGAAUGUUGUCAUACUUACAUUAUGUUUCUGGUCCCUGUUACAGUCAUGUCCUUUGUCCUGACUGUUGUUCCUGCUACUGUUCACUCCUGUUAUUAUUACUAUCAUUAGUCCUGGAGGCAUCUGCUGUGAUCAUGUCUAUGUGCUCAUUUAUGCGUUUAUUAAAUAUGAGUUAUUUUAUGUUUGUUUUCCAGGUGUUUGAAGCUUUAGUCCUAAGGAAUCUUACCUUUUCUAACGUUAUUACUGAGUUGGUUUCCCUGUUGUCAUCAAUAUAUGAAUGUUAUCACAGUUGUUUGGAAACAGCCUCUGCUGCCAACACAUAUUUGAAGAAAAACUAAAUUGAUCAAUUUUGGCAAAGAGUAUGAUGUUUUAAUUACAAUAAAACCAAAAAAAUACUACUGAAUUUGAUGAAAAUGCUGCUGUUUCAAAUGUCCACAAACAACAAUUUCUAAUGGCACAAAUGUCACUAGGUAAAACAUUUGACCUUAAUAUAACAGGCAUCAAAAUACCACAGUUUAAAGAUCCUAAAUAUAGGUGGAAGUACUGUGGAGCCCCCACACACUGACACAUUCAUAGCUUUUGCUUCUAAACUACACUGAACUUGAUUUGAAACACAAAAGUGACAUUCUAAUUAAAGGACAGAAAAUGUCAAGUUGGUCCAGUUUUCCUGACUUUUGGACAAAUAUUGAAAAUAUUGAAUAUUAAAAUGAAUUUAGCCUACUGCGUCCCCCUCCAACAGGUCAGUGCGCCCAAAGGGUGAUCCAACCCCUGUAUUGGAAACCACUGCUCUAAACCAACACUAAUGUGGUGUAAAAAUAAUUGGGUAACUAUUUCAGGUGGCUAAAAACAAAUCUCUCUGUCAGUGUUACACUUUAAACCCUGACCUGUACCUUUAGUCCAGGUGUAACCAGGGUCUGUGAAAAGAAGGGAAAUCACCUGACUCCGAUCAGGGUUUUACCAGAGAUGAAUUUAUGAGUCUUUUACUUUUGCCUUUGUUUUCAUUUCAACUCCUUGUACUUCAUGUUUGUGUACUGAUACCAAUACACACCAAACUCUCUGCUGCUGUGAAUGUAACUAGUGGCCAAAGAGAAAAUGUUGCACUGACGAUUUCCUGUGUCUGCUAGUCCAUGAAGUGUACAAGAUGAUAGACAUUCCAAAGAUGGUUUUUACCUCAGAAUCACAGAUUUUUACUGCUACUGUUUUCUUUUGUACUAACCAUUUGGCUUACGUUCAAUGUGAAAGUAUGUUUUUUAGAGCUUUUCUUUGCCUUCACUGAAAGAAUUCAUAUCAUGUUUUGCUAAACAGGAUUUCAAGAAGAAUUAUAGACAAUAAACUCAUGAAACUCAA